AUGGCGGCAGUUCAGCAGGCAUUUGUUGUCACGGCGCCUGCAGCUCCUGCGCCCGUUCGGCCGAAGAGCCUGAACGGCACGGCUAAUGACCCCAGGAUGGAUAUUGAUGACAAGCCCCACCAGUUCACGCUGGAGAACGGCACCAUGUUCGGCAGCGGUCUGCAGAGGGGUGAUACUCGCAUUGUCACCAUCGUCUACGGCCCAAGGCAAGAAAAGAUCCUCUCCGUCUUUGCAGAGGUGCUAGGGCAGCCCUGCAGGCUAAGUGCCAGUUUCUCUAAUGUCACCCUGGCUGAUCAAGGUGCCGUCGUGGGCAUCCUGGCUUCCGAUGCUGCGGUCGACCUUGCGGGGCGGGACCGAAAUCACGUCGUCGCCAUCAACGCACACUGCGUCGACCUGGGCAUGCCUCCAGAUCCGUAUCUCUCGUCUCAAUGCGACUAUGAAUUUCUUUACACAGACACGCCAUUUUCCCGCCGAGACCUUGCCAGGUUCGUCUCAUUCACACUAGGUCAGAUCAACCACCACGAAACGCUCAUGACGAAACCCCGAACGUUUAUGAUCUCGACAACAUUCCCCGACGUACGCGCCGCGCUGCCGAACAUCGACAUACUUACCGUUGGGGCCGAUGCGGUAGAGUUGAGGGUGGAUCUGCUCAAAGAGCCUCUAGCUCACGGAGGGCAUGCUGCAGUUCCGAGCUUAAGCUACGUUGGCGAGCAGGUAAUGCUGCUGCGUCAACGGACCGAGCUUCCUAUCAUAUUCACCACCAGAUGUACCAGGGAGAACGGUCGAUUCCCAAUGGAAAACCCCGACCUUUACUACGAGUACCUAUACCGAGCAAUACAAUGGGGUGUCGAAUACAUCGACGUAGAGGUGUGGCUGCCAGAGAGAAUCAGACGGCGAUUGUGGGAAAAACGAGGAAGCAGCCGGAUUAUGUCUGCGUUUCACGAUUUUUCAGGUACUUUCAAAUGGCCCUCGUCUGAUGCUCAAAACGUUUUUUCCGAAUCGCGAAGGUUUGCAGAUAUUGUCAAAAUGCAUGCCAUCAUAAACGACCACAACGAGAACUUCGAGUUGGAAUACUUCCGCGUCAAGAUGAAGUCAGAACAACCGGGGGCUCCGCCGCUAUCCGCCGUCAACAUGGGAGAGGUAGGACAGUUCUCAAGAACACUAAACCGGGUAUUUACCCCCAUAACACACCCGCUUCUGCCCAUAAUAGCCGCACCAGGGCAGAUGAGUGCCGCACAGAUCAACGCUGCUCUAGCCAUGGUUGGACAACUCCCCAAGAAACACUUUUACGGCAUCAGUGGCCCGUCUUCGCGGGGUGCUACGCCCCAGGCACCCUUCUACGAAAAGUGCUUUAAUGAGCUGGGACUUCCGCAUCACUUUUCUGUUGUCCAACGCCAGGCACGCGGCAUUGGUGGUGUUGAUACUUGGUGUAAUCAAAAGGACUUUGGUGGCGCCUAUCUCAACCCGGCAAUGUCCCAUCACGACCUCAUUUCAAAAAGUCAAUUCUUCCAGUCUCUCAACAGCGGCUCUGGUCCCAUUCUGACCGAAGCAGCACUCCUCAUUGGGGUCGUCGACACGAUUGUUGUUAGGCCUGGCCCGGCUUCCCCUGCUUCGAUACCUUCAACGCCGAUACAAAGAUCAUCUCCCACACUCAAUGGAAAUGGACAGGGGCUUUACCGACCACCAGCAAGUGGGCUACCGGCUGGCACUGCCCUCGUUUUUGACAACGCUCUGUGGAGAGGUGUUCUCAGCACACUUACACGAGAUCUAGCACCAUCUGCAUACUUUGGCUGUUCUGCUGUUGUCUUAGCAAGCUCAUCAGAAGACGCUGCUAGCGUUAUUUUUGCCCUGAAGGCUCUGAGGGUCGGAAAAGUAUUCACUGUCGGGUUCAAGACACCGCCUGCGCUUGCGGCCGACCUCGAGAUUGAGCCUUUUACAUCCCUUGAAAGUUUACAACGAGCCCGCUCGCCGAGUAUGAAUACCACUACCGGCUCUGCGCCCAGCCACAGGAUGGACUCAGGUCAUCAGCAGCAGCAAUUACCGCCAUUCGUUGUUGUCAGUGCCCUUAGCGCAGAAAAAGCUAGUAUAGUCGGCAUGGUUGUCCGCCUCUUCGGGUCGCAGGCUGGAAACUCCCCUGUUCCUACCACCGCCAACGGGACGAGCUGGACUCCGUCUGCGCCACAGCGGAGAGUUUUCUUAGACCUGUCCCAGCCGAGUGUACAGCGGAGAGGGGCGGAUCCCACCUUGAUCGCCGAGCAGAACGGGUUUGCGGCAUACGGACUGGCAGACACGGCUGCUUUUGCAACUGUCGAAACGCUGCGGCUCUUGGUGGGCCAGAAUGUGCCAUAUAGCUUCGUGAGACUGGCUAGCGGAAGGCCUUACUGA